ACCGUAUCGAUUGAUUGGCUGGGAAGGAGCUGUGAUCUGUUUCAGAGCUGUGCUCUUGUUUCCGUAGUAGGGCAAGCUAACGGUGAAGUUCACAUGCUGUGAGAAGUACUACAAUGCAGUCUUCAGUGAGGAAAAUAGCAUUAUUUUCAUUUCUACCAGUUUUCCUGGUAUCACAGUAUGGGAGAGUCUCUGCUGAAGGAAAUGGAAAAGGGUUUGGAGACCAUAUCAACUGGCGUUCCUUAGAAGAUGGGAAAAAGGAGGCAGAAGCAAGUGGGCUGCCUCUGAUGGUGAUCAUUCACAAGACUUGGUGUGGCGCAUGCAAAGCUUUGAAGCCAAAGUUUGCUGAAUCAAAAGACAUCUCCGAACUUGCCCACAACUUUGUGAUGGUGAAUCUUGAAGAUGAGGAGGAACCUAAAGAUGACCAGUUCAGCCCAGAUGGCGGCUACAUUCCCAGAAUUCUUUUUCUUGACCCUAGUGGUAAAGUUCGCAGUGAGAUAACCAACAAAAAUGGGAACCCAAACUACAAGUACUUCUACAGCAAUGCAGAUCAAGUUGUGUCCGGUAUGAAGGAGGCCCAGGAGAAACUGACCGGUGAUGCCUUCAGGAAGCAACAUGUUGGGGAUGAGCUGUGAGAGCUACAAGGAAAUAUGCAGAUAUCCACGAGGGUACAUCAUGCCAAAACAUGAUUAGUCUCUCCAUCACCAUCGUCCACUCCUCACCACUACCAACAAACCUUGACUACAGCAUUAGCGUUGUUCAUUCAUGAACCCUCUGGUCUGUGUAGCUGCUGAACCCCUGAAGACUACACCAGAUGAAUCAGGCAGAUGGUGCUCUUGCUGGUGAGCAAUGCAUUUUGAGAACCAAAGCUGACAUCACUUUGUCUCUGCUGAUUUCACGAGGUGCUAUUUAGUCUGUGUGUGUGUUUUCUCUGUCAUUGUCAUGAACUGCAAUAUAAAGGAGUGUAAAGCCCUGUACAUAUAUGAUGUAGAUAACCUGAAACAUGCACGGUUGAAGUAAUACGUCAUCCCUUUACCUACGGCUGUGUCUGUCCAAGUCAUUCAAUCUGCUGCAGUCAAACUGUUUUAAAGGGCCUUAGGUACUUAUUCUUAUUAUAGGUAAAUCUUCAUAGUACACUACUGAACAAAAAGCAAUUGCACACAUUAUGUUCAUCCAAAUAUGUUAAUCUCUUUAUUCCUGCCAAAUUCAAGGAUUUUAAGUCCCAAGUUAUAUAAUGGCCUUGGUUUUGUAGAAUACUUUUUAUCUGUGGAAAUGUGAACUGGCCUUUAACACAAAUUGGCUGCCCGGAAAUAUGCCAUUAUGGACUGAUCUGUGUUACGAAAAGGCAUUUGCCACACUGUAUUUUCUACAUAUACUGUAUGUAUGCAGCCAAGUUUAAGAAUAAAUGGACAACUUUUUUUAA